ACCUGCAAUAUACCGGAGCGGGAAACAUCCAUCCCACUAUCAUUGUACAAGUGAACGAAGACCAAAUCAGAUCUGUCUUUUCUUGGGUUGCAUUGAUGCUCUUUUUGUAUUUUUUUUUUUUGUUAUGGAAAUCUAACUCACGCAAAGGGACAUUUCAUUUAAGCCAGUUGUAGGAUUUUGCACUUUGCGGUUGACAAACUUUGCAUCACGUCGGAAAGAGAGAAAGAAGGAUAAAGCACGCUCAGGAUGGCGCGCGCUAACUUUUGGCUGUGUUUGACGGUGCUCGUGGCUCUCGAGCUGUGCGGCAGCGACGAGCCCGAAUUGUUAUCGCGCGCAGCGGCGCCCUCUGAAGUGCCCGUGAUGGCCGUGAUGCCCUCGGCUCUUUCCCUGCUCGAGGUGAUGCACGAGGAGGAAGUGCCGGUGGAGGAGGAGGAGGAGGCUGAGGAGGAGGAGGAGGCAGCCGGCGCGCGCCAGUGCUCGGCGUGCGCGUGGCGGGAGCAGAGCCGCGCGCUGCGCCUCGAGACCAUCAAAUCACAGAUCCUGAGCAAGCUGCGGCUCAAACAUGCGCCUAACAUCAGCCGCGCCGUGGCUGAGCAACUGCUUCCUCGCGCGCCGCCGCUGCAGCGCCUCCUCGACCAGCACGACUUCCAGGGAGACGCGGCAGGAAUAGGAGCAGCGCGAGAGCUGGACGAGUUCACUGAGGCGGAUGAGUAUCACGCCACCACUGAGUCGGUGAUCGCCAUGGCCUCAGAGCCGGAGCCAAUAGUCCAGGUGGAUGGAAAACCAAACUGCUGUUUCUUCAAGUUCAGUCCCAAGUUGAUGUUCACUAAAGUGCUGAAAGCCCAGCUCUGGGUUUAUCUACGACCAUUGCAGCAAACAUCUACUGUUUAUCUGCAGAUCCUGCGUCUGAAACCCGUAACUGAUCAGGGCAGUCGCCACAUCCGCAUCCGUUCCCUCAAGAUCGAGCUCAGCUCACGGUCAGGCUACUGGCAGAGCAUUGACUUUAAACAUGUCCUGCAGAACUGGUUUAAACAGCCACACACAAAUUGGGGCAUUGACAUAAAUGCCUUUGAUGAAAGUGGCAACGACCUGGCUGUGACCUCACUAAGACCUGGAGAAGAAGGGCUGCAGCCGUUCCUGGAGGUGAAAGUUCUCGAGACGACAAAACGUUCACGCCGUAAUCUUGGCCUGGACUGUGAUGAGCACUCGACCGAAUCUCGAUGCUGCCGCUACCCACUCACAGUGGACUUUGAGGCAUUUGGAUGGGAUUGGAUCAUUGCUCCUAAGCGCUACAAAGCCAACUACUGUUCAGGCCAGUGUGAGUACAUGUUCAUGCAGAAGUACCCACACACCCAUUUGGUGCAACACGCUAAUCCUCGAGGCUCGGCCGGUCCUUGCUGUACACCAACCAAAAUGUCACCCAUUAAUAUGCUCUACUUUAACGACAAGCAGCAGAUCAUCCACGGAAAGAUUCCUGGCAUGGUGGUGGAUCGCUGCGGCUGCUCUUAGACACAAAAGGUGGCUCAUUUGGUCUGCUCAUGACUGUUCAAAUGUCUCCUGAUUGGCUUUUCUCUUACAUCCUGGAAGAGUGACACAACGAUCAAGGAGGCCAAAUUUAGCUUGUUACUGUAGUCAGCUAAUAACAGAAUAAUUCAUGGUAAAAGUGGUAAAAACUGGAGUCAAAGGAAAGAGAUUUCUGUGAACAAUUUGGAAGUUUUAAGACUGGCUGGUGAAAGAAGAUUGAGACAUUUAUUUAUUCCUUUUCUGUGUUAGUUUUUUUUAUGUGUUUGUUGCUCCUGGUUUUGAUUUGAAGUGUUUAAUUUGUAACUGUUUAAUAGUUGUAAGAUAGAUAUUUUUAAAUUGGCUCCAAAGUGAUUAAGCCAGUUUUUAAGUGUGUUCAUCCUGUCUUACUGCAAGGGCAAAAAAACAAUACUUAAUAUGGAUCAUGCAAUGCCCUCUGUAAAUACUGUGACAGUGAAGUCAAUGCUGUUUCUUGCUGUUAAUUUAACUAUUACCUGCUAGAUCCAAGAAUUUUCUCAGCAUUGUUGUACAGAUUUAAUCACCACAUCUAAUGAAUUAGAAAAGUUUAUGCAUGAGCUCAUAUUAAACUCUAAUAUAAUCGGGUGCCUAACAUUUUGAAAGUUAAAAAAAAAUACAUAUAAAAUAAUAAUAAAAAUAAUACAAAUAAUAAUAAUAAUAAUAAUAAUAAUAAUAAUAAUAAUAAUAAACAGGCAAUUCAAUUACUUGGUUUGACAGAAUUGGUGCUUCAAAUUUGAGGAUACUUAAAAUGUUCUUACAAGUUUAUCUGAAACAAAAGAUACGGGUGUCCGUAUGUUGCUUCAGAAAAAGGGACAGAUUUUAUCUUGAGUGCAUGCAAUGCUGCCAUGAAAAUGCUGCCUACCUAGGCAACCUAAUCACUAAUAAAACACAGGUUGAGUGAAAGAGGAAGAGAAAAAUCUUAAUUUCAAAAUGAAAAAACAUCACAUAUCUUUAAUCCAA